UGGUGUUCCUACGCCUGAUUAUAUUCCUUUCUUUUGCAAUAUAUCUUCCAAAUAUUUUUGCCAAAUUAUAGAGAUCAUAAAAUGUUCAUCUCCGGUGAUCGCUACUCUGCUGCGAAAAUCGCCGGCUAUGGAGCCUUGUCUGUCUGCGAUGAAAUUGUAUUGUUUGGUGUGAGAGUGAAAGUAGAUCCCAUGCGGAAGUGCGUCAGUAUGAAUAAUUUGACGGAUUACGAAUCCAGUAGCGGCAGUACCGAGAGUAACAAUCUAUGCGAGAAAAGUGGUGAUGAUUUGCCGAAGGCGCCGGCACCUGGUGGUGGAGCCGCUGGUUAUGUGUCCGCCGACGACGGCGUUCUGUAUCCGGCCACAGGAAGUAAGAGAGGAAUUCCAUGGACAGAGGAAGAGCACAAGCUAUUCCUAAUUGGUUUGCACAAGGUUGGAAAAAGAGAUUGGAGAGGAAUUUCCAAAAACUAUGUCAAAACUCGAACGCCAACACAAGUUGCUAGCCACGCCCAAAAAUACUUCAUCCGCCACAAUAAUCUUAAGCGUAGGCGACGGCGCACCAGCGUAUUCGACAUGACCCCUGACUCGAUUGUUAUGACAGAAGAAGUAGGAGAGUCGCAAGGCAAUCCACCCCGGCCAGUCCCGCCACAGCCUAUCGUAUCUCCACCAAUACCUUCCAAUGCCAACGACUUUUCGGCUGCGCCUGUUUCAACGCCGGCCAGCCAUGUCCAACCAUCAAUGCAGCAUGAAAACGUCGAUAAUCCAAUGCCACCGGUGUCUUUGACGUUGUCAUUGUCUUCUUUGGGACAGGAUCAGAAGAGAUUCAACAAUACCAUCAAAGUUGCUUAAAGGAAAAUGAAGCAAAAAACAAUAAAUAGGUCAGUUUAUCUUAACUACAACCACUUAAUUAUGAAAUUAGAUAAAACAUAGAAUAUGGCUAUAUAUCUAUCUGUUUUCUUGCAGGGAAAAAAAAAUAUAUCUAUGUUUUUGUGCUUGUCUUUUUUAUGUCAUGUAUCUUAGUAUCAUAUCUUUGUGGCCGAAAAUAAAACAGGUAGAGCAUUUAUGAAUACUCUUUUUUCUUUUA